AUGUACAAGGACACUCAAUUACUGUACCUACUAAUCUCUCUUUUCGGUUAUAUCAUUCUUGGGUCAUGCACGAGCAUUGACUUGAAUAGAUCACCACCAUCCUCAUCUCAAUCAGAAUCGGAACGGAAUCCUCGCGUGACUUCUAUUGGAAACGAGCAUGAUUUUCAUGCCGUUGAUAGCUCAUCGUAUAUUCGGAGCUUUCCUGAGACUAUUGAAGAGACAAAUCGACAAGCCGGAUCAUCUUUAGUAGACGAAGAUGGUCAUGGAACAAAAAGGGCCAAAUACAUCUAUCCUUCAAAUAUGACAGCGAAAGAAAAAAAGAAUCUAAGGAAUAAGAGAUGGUAUGCAGGCUUGAGUCUUGACAGAAAAGAGAAAAAGAAAUCUAACGCUCGAUUGAAAAUUUUCAAAUUAACGGAAGAAGAGAGAAAAUUGGCAUAUCAAAGAUGGAAGCAGAAGUAUUACGCUGAAGACACUAAAACAAAAGUUCUACUUCGAAACAGAGAAAAUUACAGAAAUCUUAAUGAUGAGGAGAAACGAAAACGUAUACAACAAACUCGAGCAAAUGCAUUAAAGUUGAGAGAAAGCCUCACACCGGAAGAACGGGAACGGAAAAGACUUGACCUGAAUGCUAAACAGCGUGAAAGAAGACGAAAAAAGAAGUUGUAA